CACCUGAUUGCGGGGCUUCUUUUCAUCUUCUGCCGCAUCAACGGUCAUUUCGCCCGCGGCGCUGAGAAUGAAGUGAUCACCCGCACCGCGUCACCUGCGCCGUUACAUCUACAUUGAGGCUUUUCACCCACAGCAUGACCAUGAAGAAGAGCAAACCGAUUGCUCUGGACCGGCGCGAUAUUCAUUCCCUUCUGGAUGUGAUCGGUGGCUUCGGUGCCGUAGUCGCCGUGGGGAUCAUUGCCAUGCUGUCGGUGUGCGCCGCGUUCUUCAUUUACCGCUCUUUUAGAGGUCAGCGCGGGAAGGGUGACGAGAAUAACGGCAACGAAACGACGGUAGUGACGGAAGAAGGGAGCACGGCUCGGAGGAGGAAAAAAGAGAGGGAUGAUGAUCGACCUAACGAGUCAACAGGAGAUGAAAAGCAGGAGAAGUGCAGUGAAUCCACUAACCUCUCAUCCACCGACAGCAUGCUCCUUCCUACUGAGGUGCCAGAGAAAGACCUGAAUGAAAGCACUCUUAAGGACUUGGAGGAGAUUACAGAUGAGCUUCUAACAGACUUGGAACCUGAAAUGGGAGAUAAAACAGAUUCUGAUUUGGAUCAGUGCGUGGAAAUGGAUCCUGAUGAAAACACAGAAUGUGAGGAACAUAUUCAGCAAGAUGACGAUGAUGGUGAAUGUGAGGUUUUGGAUGAUGUGAGUGUAGGUUUGACCCAGUUGGGGAAUUCUGUUAAUAAGGAAACUGAGGAAUAUCUUGACAAAUCUGUAAGUUUAGAAGCAGACGAACCGUCUGAAACUGAAAGCGCUCGGGAGAUCAUUUAUCAGAGACAUCAAGAUCACAUCACAACUCAAAGCAAUUCUUCAUUAGACCAAGCCCCAUCCAAUCCUAGUAAGAUCCAAUUAGAGGAACACAUCAAGACGUCAACAGUGGAAGACGUGGAGAACACGAGCAAGAAGUUUGAAGACCAUCAUGAUUGGCGUUUUCCACGAACAAAUAACUUUGAUUGCUGUUGCUGUGAUAAAAAGACGGAUUCGAUGGAGAAAAUGAAGGGCCAGCCAUGGUUUCAAAGUGGAAGCUACACCACAGACGCCGUAAACCUGAGCCCGGCCGUGGAAACGAUGGUCAACCACAGCGGCAGGUUUGACUUCCAGAAUUACUUGGGUUUCCAAAUUGAUAAUACAUUCAUGGGUGGGUCUUCACCACAGGUGAGCCUUUCACAAGAAAAAAAGAAAACCGAUGAAGAGGAUGCGGAGAAAAAACUUGAAAAGAAUGAGAUCAGCAUCAUGGAUGCCAUUAUGGACAAUAACGAGUGGCUAAAUGUAGGUGCACCAGAGUUCAAAGAUCUUCCUUGGCUUACACCAACUGCAACUGAAGAAAAACAAACACAACAGGGGCAAGCCAAGACUGGUUUAGCCAACGAUGAAGAAGAACCGGCGAAUAAAAGAGUAGCGACCGUUCCGCCUUUAUCGCAAACGGUUAACGUGACCUUCAGGAUUCAUUACAUCACAUACUCUUCUAGCCAGCUGGUGGCUGUUACCGGGAGCCUGCAGGAACUGGGGAACUGGGAGAGAUUUGUUCCACUACAGAAAGCCAAGGACGGCUUCUGGGCCAACACUGUAAGCCUCCCUGUGGAGAGCCAGGUGGAGUGGAAGUUCAUCCUGGUGGAAGACGGAAGGAUCUCUCGCUGGGAGGAGUGUGGAAACCGCUUUCUCUUUUUAACAAGCCAAGAUGAAGACGUCUAUCUUGAUAAGUGCUGGGGAUGUUGUUGAACUCAACGGUGACUAUCUUCUAGGGCUGCACGAUUAAUCUAUAUACAGUUUAAAUAAAUAUAAAUAUCCACCUUAUUCUUAAACAAGACUUCCGGGUCAUUAGCUGCUAUAGAAAAAAUAAUGUGAAGAAUAACAAUGUGCAGUAAACAGUAAAACUGUUUACGCUACAAACCAGUGUGUUCAUAAAUAAAAUAAUACAUUAAAAUAAUAUGAUAUGACACCAGUUUGCAAUAUCAAGCCAAUAUCAGUUAUCCAGAGCGUCUCAAAGCGGCUCAGUUCACAGUAAAUUCCGCUUUACACAAACUCUGCAUCUUCUCCGCAAUUUGGAAACACAACAUGCGCCAUCCAUCUUCCCAUUUUGUAAUGAGAAGCGCUCAUUAACAAACAAGAAGCGUUCCUGCGGUUUGCAGUCAAAAUAAAAGUUCGUUUGAAAAUAAAUAAAGACAGCCAUAAAGUUUAGUGUUGUAAUUUUACAGUUGUAAUGUAAAAUGAAUUAAUUAUUAUUAUAUUAUUUUUCUUAAAUAUUCCAUUUUUUUUUAUUUGACAAUGAAAUAUUGCAGUAGUAAUAUUUAUAUUGUGUUUUUAGUACAUUUUAGAUUUUUAUUUAAUAGCAACUACAAUUACGAAUAAUUUUAUCAUUAUUACUUUAUAGCUAUAGUGAUAUAUACAUUACCAGUCAAAAGUUUUUAAAAGAUUUUUAGUAUUGUUAAUAAAUAAGUCUCUUCUCCUCACCAAGCCUGCAUUUAUUUGAUCAAAAGUACAGCCAAAAAAAAAAAAAAAAGCUUUUUGCAUCAUUACUCCAGUCAAAUGAUCCUUCAGAAAUAAUUAUAAUAUUCUGAUACGCUGCUCAAAAAACAUUUAUUAUUAUUAUGUUUUUAAAAAAAAAAAAGCUAAGUAGAUUUUUUUUAGGUUUCUUUGAUGAAUAGAAAGUUCAGAAGAACAGCGUUUAUCUGAAAUAGAAAUCUUUUGUAACAUUAUAAAUGUCUUUAAUUUAAAGCAUCCUUGCUAAAUAAAAGUAUUAAUUUCUAUAUAUAUAUAUAUAUUUUUUUUUUUUUUAAAUGUAAAAAAAUACUGACUUUAAGCUUUUGAAUGGUAUAGUGCAUAAUGUUACAAAAGUUUUUUAUUUCAGAUAAAUGCUGAUCUUUGGAUCUUUCUAUUUAUCAAAGAAACCUGAAAAAUGUACUCAGCUGUAUUAAAUAUUGAUAAUAAUAAUAAUAAAUGUUUCUUAAACAGCAAAUCAGCAUAUUAGAGUGAUUUCUGAAGAAUCGUGUGAAACUGAAGACUGGAGUAAUGAUGCUGAAAACUUUGCUUUGAUCACAAGAAUAAAAUUACAUUUUAAAAUAUAUUCAAAUAGAAAGCAGUUAUUUUUAAAUAGUACAAAUAUUUCACAAUAUUAUUUUGCUGUAUUUUGGAUCAAACAAAUGCAGGCUUGGUGAGCAGAAGGGACUUCUUUAAAAAGCAUUAAAAAAUCUUACUGUUCAAAAACUUUUGACUGCUAGUGUAUAAUCAAUAUAUUGCAGCACUAACAAGCACAUCAAACCUCAAUUUUUAAUCACAUUUUAAGCUUGUGCAAAUUCCCCAAAUCGUGCAGCCCUACUAUCUUCUUCCAACUCUUUACAGCAAUAAUAAUCCAUAGUGCAUUAUUGAAAUCCAAUGUGUAUGAUUAUAUUCUAAUAUUAUUAAUUAUUACCGAAUUAUUCCAUUAAAGCAUGAGGCUGUGGAACUGUUACUAUAGCAAUAAGAUUAUAAUAUUACAAAUAUGCACUUUUUUACGGCAAUAAAUGUGUUGAUUAUAUCCAGUUAAAAAUGUCUGCCCUUAAAACUAUAAUCCUGUAACAGCGAUGUACCAAAAUUGAAAAAAUCAAAGUCUUGUCUUUUAUGUAUAAGGGAAAAUCCUAAUGCUUCCAGAGGUUGAAUACAUCUCUUUUAAAGCAUAUCGCAAAAUGUUUUGUGUGUGAACUAUUAUUUUAAUCUAAAAUGUUGCAAGAAUCACACUGAUCGUUUCAUGAUUUAGAAACAUACUCUAUGCAAGUGCACAAAUGCAGACAUGAAUGCAAAUAUUCAAUCCCGCUGUACAUGCACGCAUGAUUGCAUUAGAAACCUCAGCUCUCAGGGGAAGUCAGUUUCCUUAAAAUGUGAUUUUAAUUGAAUUAUUUAUUAUUCAGGCUGCUAGCUAUGCACAUGUUGAUCUAAAACAGAAAACUGACUGGAGAAGUCAAUUUAUGCUAACGCAUUAUAGCGCCCCUUGUGGUGAAACUGCAAAUACAACACCUAGUUAAACUGCUUUUAAAAUGACUGGCACAUUUCAGAACACAUCAUACUUUGAAUUGCUAGAAACUUUAGCGUUCACGUACUUGCAUAGAGUAUCUUUCAAGCCUGUGAUAUGAUUUUCCAAUAAUGAAUGCUGUGUGAACUGCUUGAGCAAUGCAAAACCACCAGCCAAAAACUAAAUUUUCUACGUAGCAGUUUGGCAUCCAGCUCUUACUCUAAUCUGUUAAAAGCUGACAUAAAAUCAGCUUAAACGUCCCAAAUCCCAGCUUGGCCUGUCUGCAUACAGCCUUUCCUUAGUUUAAAAGCUGCUGUUGCUUUAAGUCUAUUACAUCAUUUAACAUCAGUGACAAUGACAUGAGCAUUUCUGCCGACGACAUCACUGUAGCUUUGUUUGCCAUCACUGUCAACUGCAUGUGGCAGACUCUAAUUAAGUAUUUACAGUUUAGAUAGCAAUGAAUUAUACAAAAAAUGUGAAUACAUUUUUUAUUGUUUCACAACGAUUGCCUUAAAAUGAAUAACCUUUGCUGCUUACACUUUUAAACUAAACAAGUGUAUUUGUCUUAUGGCUUCAUUUGUUUUUGUUUUUAUGUGAAAUUCAGGUGUAAUACUGUUUCUGACCUUUAAACGUAUGUUUAUCUGUCAAUCAGUAAAUGUCACUCAGCAAAUUACUUAAUUCAAUAAAAAUAAAUUAUUAUAUUGAUAAUGA